AUGACAUUUAGGCUGCUCCUGUCAUUUGCUCUUCUUACAUACAACAAAGGGUUCAGUGCUGAGAUCUCUGUAUUUGUGCAGACAGGAGCUUCUGUUAAACUGGAUAUACAGACACAACAACUACCAGAGUUUGAUCUUUUUUACUGGAUGAAUGAUAAAUCUGAAGAAAUAGUUAGAUAUAUAAAUGGAACUAAAAAAGUAAGACGUCAUACUUUCUUUGAGAACAGAUUGGAUUUCAAUGCUAAAACCUUCUCUCUGACACUGAAGAACAUGCAGAAGACAGACAGUGGACUCUACAGAGCAAGAGCAAGUGCAGAUUCAGACAUAAAUAUUGUUACAUACAGAGUAUCUGUUAUAGAUGCAGUGAAAACUCCAGUACUGAUUGUAAAUUCAAACCGGUCCAGCCCUGACUCCUGUAGCUUUACAUGUAAUGGAAGUAAUAGUAUCAUCAGCUCUAUUUAUAAUAGUAGCAGCUGUUCUCGAGAGGAAGUGACAUCAUCUGAUAAUCACAUUCUAAGACUGAGCUGCAGUGGUGACUCCAUCAUCUACAGCAAUCCAGUGAGCUGGAAGACUGACACAAAGACGGUUAAUGAACUCUGCACUGUUAAUCAAGAAAGACAAAAAGCUAAAGAAGCAUCUUUGCAUCUCCUUUGGCUCAUUCCCAUUUGCCUAUUCACAAGUGGUUUGUUGGUUUUGGUCAGCAAGAAAAAAAAAUGUGCCAAGCAGAAAGAACAAACUAUCUAUGCAGAAGUUGACGAGAACAUAAAGCCAAAAAAGUCACCAGAGAUGUUGGAGAAAUCAGAUAAUCCUCAUACGGUGUAUAUUACUGCAGGAGAUCCAGGACAAACUGAUGUUACCGUCCACACCACACACAACGACGCCCCUAUUAAUCAGAGUUCAUCACUCACAGAGAAGAGCAAGCCAGAUGCACCAGUCACUAUCUACUGUACCAUUCAGCAGCAACCAAAACCCCCCAAAACUGAAGCUGAAAACACUAUUUAUGCUGUGGUCAGUAAACAGCCAGCCGGGUAUGAAUCUGCACAUCCACAAUCAGAAUAAAAGUGAGCUUCUUAUAAAGCUGAACCCUUACAGUGAUUAAAAGUAAUAAAGGACUUCAUGUGUUC